GAGAUGGUACAAUUAUGCAUAAACAUGCAGACGAAUGCUGGAUGCCUCCAAAUCGAAGCAGCCUACCCACCGUGUAUCGUCGUUGUACUGCUCUAACAUUCAAUGUUGGCGUUUUAUUAAAGAUUAUCUUGACAACUAUAUAAAUGUAACCAGUCUCCUGUUUGGCAAGCUAACUAUCAAAACGGAAAGCAUAUCAGACCGCGGGAGUGAGCGAGGUCUAAAGUGGUUUCCGAAAUAACGUGGCCGAUCUCCUCGUAGCAAUUGUUCUAGAAGUUCGAAUUUCGUUAAAUGUCGGUUGUAAGGUCACAUCGACGAAAAUUGAGCGGACGGGCUUUUGAUGUCGUUACUUUGAUAUGUGUUUUAUAAGCUGUGGUCGUUUUUUUAACCUAUUUCAAGUUUCAAAUAUAACCAUACGAAGGCUGAUUGGAGCGUAUGCUUGUGAGCAGUCAUUGUUUUCUGGCACUCGCUGUUCUUUGCAUCGCAGCUUUGACCAUAAAUCAUUGCAUUUCUAAAAAUAAAAUAUUUUCGUCGAGUCACCGAAUCUACCUUAGGAUGUCAAAGGCGAGCAGUACAUACACGCUCAAAGAGAACCAUCAACCACCAUUCAUAACGGUAUUUAAUUCGUAAAGUUAAUGAUAAACACACCUUUAUAUACUAUAUUGCCUCAAUCUCUAAUGCUGGUAACGUAUGAUCUACAUACAUUAAAGUCCCUAGAUCAUUUGGUUAGUAUUUCGUGGCGCAGUCAGUCUUUGCUUGCUACUCAAAGCCCCGGAGCCUGCAAACAGAGAUUAUACUACAUCUACUACAAAUAUCAAUAUUUUGUAAAGCAUCAUGCACUUUCGCCAGCGUCCAAUAAAAGAUUUUUCAUUACAUUUGAACAUUGCCGCGCUUUCGCUUUUUACUAGUGGGGUGCGCGAGCGCGGCUGACCGACGGACUUCUUUUUAAGGCUACACAAUCCUGGGAGCCCACUGUGGUAAGAGAAGCUAUGUGGCAUUCAUGCUUUACCCAUAGCCGUCUUGUCUUCCCCCUGAGAUCAGCAGGGCAGGCUGAAAAGGUUAGGGCGAAGCAGGGGUAGUCCCUUUCCCUUUACGGUCCUUUCCCUACGGCUGACUGGAUCAAACAAACAUGGCUGCGUCCAUAGAACCCCCGCAGUGCUUUUAGGUGUUCCGGCCACGCAUACCACUGGCAGAGAGACAAACCACCAUAGCUGCCUGCAGGGCCCGUUUCUACAGGGGUGACGGUUGUUGUUAGCACGCGGUCGCGUGUGGGCCGCGCCCGGGUUGUCGGGCAGUCUCUUUUUAAGCUGUUUUUUUUCCGGUUUUUUUUAUCUUUCGGAGCGCGUACACAUAAAUCAUAGUAUUACGCUUAUUUGUCGAAAUCGUUGUUGCCCGAAAUACAGCCAACAAGAGUAGAGCGGGUGCGCGGUUUUACCUUACGCGCGACCAUGGUUCGUGUCUUCUCAGAAAGCGUCGCAAUAUAAGAAUCUGCAUGGUGAUGUGGGUUCCAGCGUGAGUGUAGUUCUACCAGUUGAUAAGGUCAACGAAGUGUUGUUAUUGUUAUGCAUCUGUCUGACCGUCUGACUAUUGAUUUUGUUGACAUUGCACUGUUCGAUUUCUUGUGUACAUACGUGGCUCAUCAAUUUGGUCAGUGGUUAGUGCUCUUUUCCAACUGUGGCGCUCUUUAUUUUUGGCAUUAGCCAGCAGACAUUUCUUGCGGUCUACAGCAGCAGCAGCAGCAUAUAUCAUAAGAGUCAAAUGAAAGCGGUCCGUGCGUAGACAGCGUUAAGUAAUUCGUAUGUAUCUGCACCUUGUGUUAGAUCAAUAUCUUCGAUAAUGUUAAGUGAUCGUCUAUGUAUCGUACUUGUGAUGAUGAGCCAAACAGAAGCUGUAGUGGCGGCGACGGCCUCGUGAGAUACGCCGAAGAAGUUAGUCAAAGGGUGCAGCUUAAUUCGAGCCCAAAAUUGCCCGGCACGCUAGCACUCGCAAACAGCAUGCUGCUGUCAGGCAGAAGUGGGCGCCUGAUGCGGCGUCAGGUACGUCAGGCCAUGCAUCGGGCGCGCCAGACCUCGGAACGAAACUCACGCUCCGUCUACUUCCUUGGCGUGUUUUUCGUCCUGGUCGUCUUCAUGCUACUGGCCGAAGUUGUUUACGUGGAUCCCUAUUCGACCGUGACCACGUACGGAAGCACACAGCCGAAGGACUCGUCCUGGCUCUACAACAUUGUUCCUAGUUUAGGCAACAACUUCGAGCGAGUUGAGGAGGUCCAUCUUGAGAUGGGCGAAAUCAACACGCACAAGCUCGACAAGCUUUAUAGUGAGGCACGGACUGACCACUGGCAGCCAAUUGGAAACGUCGGCGACAAGUUCUUUGUGUUUAGCGCAUUCAUGGACCGUCGCCGAAACGUCAUCAAAUACGUCCGUGUCAUCGCCGUCGCACGAACGCGAUUUACCGAUCGCGUCAAGUGCGUAUUUUGGUCAGCAAAUCGCACAUCGGUUGUCGCCACCGUUCUCGCAUCGAACAGACUCAUCCGCGAAAACUGGAACCUCAGAUAUUCGGCGUUUUUCUUAUUGUGUCCAAUACCUCUUAACUCAGGCCUUCCUAGGGAUUACGUGCCCCAUGCUAUAUCACUGCAAAGGGUGCGCGAGCCGGUUAGUUUGUUCCCGUCCAAUAUCAUCCUCGUGCAUGACAACGAACAUGAUCCAAACCAAGUUCCCGCUCAGGCAGGACAAACUAAGGCAUCCGGAGGAGAGCCAGAGGCAGUUGGAUCUUUGUCAAAUAGCGCCACUGCUCGGGGUUCAUCGCGUAUACAAUGGGCUGCUUCUAGCAAAGGACGCAUGGCCGUUUGUGUCAAACCUAUUCACUAUGACUAUGAUCAGUUAUCGCGGUUCGCCGAAUUCGUUGAGAUGCAUCGGCUCCUAGGUUAUCAGCACUUCUUUUUUUAUAACCACACCAUCGGCCCGCACGUCGGUGCUCUCGUUAAUAACUACGUACAACGAGGCAUCGCAACAGUACUUCCAUGGCAGCUGGACCUCGUCUCCCAGCGGGAAAUUAGAACUGAAGGCCUUUUCGCCGCCCUCAAUGAUUGCUUGUACAGGUCCAUGUAUAGAUUUCAAUACACCGCUAUGGUGGACUUCGACGAAGUCAUUGUGCCUAAGCUUAAAGCAAAUUCUACAGUUCUCGAACUUUUGACAGUGCUGCGUAGGGCAAAUCCGAUGCGGCAUGGGGCGUUUUCAUUUCAAAAUGCCUUCUUUUAUCUCCAAUACCCUGAUGAGGAGGUGCCUUUUCCUGAUCCGGCCAAGGAGCUAUUGUAUCUGCGAAAGACUAGACGGAAAGGCAAGUUGCACAACCAUCGUUUACGUUCGAAGUAUAUCGUCGUGCCAGAACGAGUGCAAGAAGUCGGCAAUCAUUUCGUUUGGGAAUUUAUGCCAAACUUCCACAUGUUCAACGUGAAUCCCAACGCCGGCUUUCUUCACCAUUAUCGAAUCUGCGAGUUCGGCGGGGACAGCUGCACGAUCAACUCGUCAUCGGUGGUCGACAAAACGCUGCAUGCGUACGCGGACCGGUUAGUCGACGCUUACGCUCGCGCCAUGUCUGUUGUGCACCCGGCUAACUACAGUCGGUACUACAUCGAUGCGUAGAAAAACUGGUGGCAGGAGUGAAGCAAGUUGGCGAGCGGGAAGCCCCACAUAUGUUUUCAUCUGAAUACGACGGAUACGAGGGAAAAUGAAAGACGGACACCGAGGGUAGGCAAAGUAUAAAACGACCACAAUGAAGACAAGUACAGAGAUGAAACGGAAGACCGUGUAAACGCUUGGUGAAGUGAUGUUGGAGAGAACUAGCAGUGGUUGGUUAGCCGAUCACGAGGAAAGGAAAAAACCACGACGGAUCACAAAUAACCACUACAUGCUAUGGCUGAGCUGGAAAGAAGAAAAAGAAUCUACCAUUACUAUAAUAAAGGUUUAGCGAAAGAUUCGGCGACAGCACAAACGAGGCACUUGGUAAUGGGUCGAAUUAUCACGGAACGGAUACAAAGGCAGUGCGUAUCGCCUAAAACAGGUGGUAGGCAGUGGAAGUACUAGCGUACGUGUCUCACAUUCUAGGCGUGCCUAAGAAUACGACCACACCCAAAACACAGGCGAAAUAGGCGGGGGGUAGAACAUUCGUUUCACGUACGCUCGUCGCAGGAUGUGAUACCGUCGUGGCGACGGAUACGGCGGCAGCAAAUAUCGUACCAUUUCACUGAGUUUGUGCUAAAAUCGAUAUAGAUCGAAUAGGAAUGGAUCGGUAGGAGAAGUAUUACUUGUUCUGGCUGACACUGUUUGAUUUAAGGGUAGAUCAUGACUCAAGAAGUUGUACUUAUUGCUCACAAGUUCCCUGGCCCACGCUGUUUGUUGUUUACAUAGGUCACGGCUUGCUAUUAGCAUUUUAUGGCUUCAACAGCGCUUUUAGCAGCCAAAAUAGGUUUUUACCGAGGUAGCUUUUCGUUAAUAAAUUACAUGAAUAUGUUUGGUUCAUUUAAAUGUUUUGUUUACUGGCAAGAGUUCUUUCUGAUGUAAGCUAACUCGAUAAGUCAUCGUUGAUACAGGUAAUGUGUCAAAGCUCUCCUCAGCCUGUAGAAUAACCUUCCUAUAGACAUUUAUGUGAUCGUCAGGCUUGCAGCUGCCUUUACAGCUGCUUAACAAAGCAGACAUCUUGAACAAUCUAUGUACGACUAGCAGGAGAAAUUUUGCACAUAUUUGUAUUAAGUGAAAUGGCUAUCUACGAUUACAAACGGAACGAAGCGGGAAUAAUGUGCUCUCUGUCGGCUCAAGACGAUGAAAAGGACUGUUCACGACUUAACUAAGACAAAACUUAAGCGAACUGAUAAAAACGUAUAUGGUGCACUCUACAGAUAUCAUGAGCUGGCAAAAGCAAGUCUUGAGGACGGCAUCCUCAUGUUCAGGAAGCCUCCGCGGUCCUAGUUGCUUGUUUUUCUGUUUGAAGUGUUGAGAUUAAGUCAUUAUCUCCGCAGCCUUGAAUCCUGUAACUUGAUUGCAGCAGUAAUCAAGUAGCUGAAGGUCUGCUUGCUCGAUAGUUUUCCAUGAACUUUAACAGUACUUCCAAAAAACAAUAAUCUAUUCACGAGGCGUUAAUCUUAAGCGCUAAAUAAUAGCUCUACGCAUAAGCUCGUUGUUCUCUGAUGAUCCCCCAAUCCACCUAAACUGAUAGGUAGCCAAACACUUCGUGUAAAUAUAAAAUUCUGUCUGCUAGUAGUACAUCAUUCGCUGAAAGUAUAAGGUAUGCGUAUAUUCGGUGUACGUUACUGUAUACUAAUACGCUAAUCUGUGGUCCAUUCAUAUAUGCUUUACACGUCUAUGACGUUCCUCUAACCUUUUUAUAGUUUUAAGCGUCCUCUCUAACUUUUCUUCGGCAUCUGUGAGCACCUAUCCCAUUGGCGUUCUAUUGAAUAAAUAACUCAUAGGAGGAAAACUUCCUUUCCUAGGAGGAAAAGAUAAAAACUGCAACAUUCACCCCGCUUUUAUUAACAGUAGCAUAUUGAAUACCGAACCUACAAGUGCAACACCGCAUCAGCUUGUAUAUGCCUUACAGGAUUUGAAUUGAUCAAAUCACGAUUCCAAGUCGCCGGCGUUGUUGCUAUAGUUACGUUUGUCUGGUUACGUAUGUCGCGCCUUGAAAACCUCCAACGUUUAUAUUAGUAAUAACCAAAACAAAGGGUAUGUUUGAUCACUUUAUGCUAAAUAACAAUGUCGUUGUGUAUUCAGUACAUUGGUGCCUGGUUACAUCAGGGUACAUAGGGUAGAAAUGUAACGUAAAACAUAUAUACGAGUGAAAGAGGAAGAGAGUAAGAAUGAGAACGGUGCUCAUUGGUGAUACACGCACUGAUGGUGAAUUUGUUGUGCAAAACAAAGAAAUGCCAGAUCGUUCCUUCUGUAAAUCGAUGUGAGAAGGACAUGGAUAAAAUUAUUUGUUUUCUGGCUGGAUUACCGAUGUCAAUUGAUGGGCUGGGUUUACGAAACUAACGGAUUAGAAAAUAUAGUUGUCAUAUUUUGUCCCAGACGUCGCCAACAUGGCGGUGUGAUGAAACCCCAGCAAAUGAUGAAACAUGAAUUAAAUAUUAUGCGGAUGGAUAAUGAACGUUCCGCUUCACGAGGAUUUUUGUAAAUAACGUCCGCGUACUUUUUACUAAUUAAUUAGCCGCUUAUUCAAACGAUUCAGUUUAGCAAAUAUCAUCGUAUUUUCCAGAAUAAAAAAAAUUUGAUUUUUAAUAACGAAUUUUAACACUUCACAAUUAUAGGUACAAUUUAAUACGUAAGAAAUUACUUAUCGUUAAUGGGCCGCAAAAAAAAUUUCAUUUAA